CGGGGCACGCAUGCGCAGAGGCGCGAGCCUGCUGACAGAUUCUCGAAGGCGGCGGCGGCGGCGGCGGCCUUCGGCCGCGGGGAAUGGGAGUCUCAGGGCCCUGACUGAGCACCGCCCCCGCCUCCCUGCCGAGACAUGGCUCAGGAGAAGAUGGAGCUGGACCUGGAGCUGCCCGCGGGCACGGGCGCGAGCCCGGCGGAGGGCGGCGGCCCGGGCGGUGGGGGCCUGCGGAGGUCUAACAGCGCCCCCCUGAUCCACGGCCUCAGCGACUCCUCGCCGGUUUUCCAGGCCGAGGCGCCCAGCGCCAGGCGGAACAGCACGACGUUUCCGAGCCGCCACGGCCUGCUGCUCCCGGCCUCGCCGGUCCGCAUGCACAGCAGCCGCUUGCACCAGAUUAAGCAGGAGGAGGGCAUGGACCUCAUCAACCGGGAGACGGUCCACGAGCGCGAGGUGCAGACCGCAAUGCAGAUAAGCCACUCCUGGGAGGAAAGUUUCAGCCUGAGUGACAACGACGUGGAGAAAUCCGCCUCCCCGAAGCGCAUCGAUUUCAUUCCGGUGUCUCCAGCACCAUCGCCCACCCGGGGAAUUGGGAAGCAGUGUUUUUCACCGUCCUUGCAAAGUUUUGUGAGUAGCAACGGAUUGCCUCCAAGCCCUAUUCCCAGCCCAACCACCCGGUUUACCACCCGGAGAAGCCAGAGUCCCAUCAACUGCAUCAGACCAAGUGUUCUUGGACCAUUGAAAAGAAAAUGUGAAAUGGAAACUGAUUAUCAGCCAAAGAGAUUUUUCCAGGGCAUCACCAACAUGCUGUCUUCUGACGUUGCACAGCUGUCAGACCCCGGUGUGUGUGUGUCCUCCGAUACCCUGGAUGGAAACAGCAGCAGUGCCGGAUCUUCCUGUAACUCACCGGCGAAAGUCAGCACUACCACCGACUCUCCUGUGUCGCCGGCCCAAGCAGCCUCCCCCUUUAUUCCAGUAGAUGAACUUUCGUCUAAGUGAUUCAACAGUUUUGAACCCCUUCUCCCCCCAGUGGAGAGACAGAAUCAAGUUAGAGCAAGCACUGAACUUUGUCGAUUAAGUUGAGGCUGUUUCCUAUUUGACUCUUCCCCCUUUUUUUGGAAGUUCCUGAAAUGUUAUUCUAGAGAAUUACUAUGUCAGGUUCCUGCAGAUGCCCUUGAAUUCAGUGUAGUAAUAUUUUCGGACUUUUUAUCAAUAAGUGUGUUGAAGCAUACAUUUUACGCUGCUAAUAUGUCUAAAUACAUAUGUUAUCCCUUGAUUUUUUAAAUAA